AUGGAGUCUACGGCGUCUCCGGCGCCGCCAAAGCACCGCAUCCCCGGUCUGCCCAACCCUGUGGUGGCAGCAGCCGAAAAAAAAUGGUUGUUCACAGAGGAGGAUAUGGAGCGAACCCCGUCGCGCUUAGAUAAGAUCAAUCGUGAACAGGAGGAUUAUAUCCGGCACCGAGCUGUCGAGUUCAUCUGGCAGGUGAGCAUGAUGCUUAAGAUGCCGCCACAAACGUCAAUGACUGCCACCGUUUUCCUGCACCGAUUCCUUAUGCGCUACUCAUUACGCGGGCAAUAUCCUGAACAAGGUGGGGAUCUGAUGCAUCCAAAGGUCAUCGCGGCGGUGUCGCUCUUCGUCGCGUUCAAGGUGGACGAGACCAUGCGCCGAAUGAAGGACUUUGUCGUGGCAUGCUGCCGUGUUGCCAUGAAGCAGCCCGAUAUGAUUGUCGAUGAGCAAUCGAAAGACUACUGGAAGUGGCGGGAUCUGAUUCUACAGAAUGAGAGCGUCAUGCUCGAAUUCCUGUGCUUCGACCUUCAGCUCGAGUCGCCCUACCGCAUACUGUGGGAUUAUUCUCUCUUCCUCAACGUCCCCGACAACCGACCCCUUCGACACGCCGCCUACGCCUUCCUGAAUGACUCCACAUACACCGUGCUCUCUCUGCUGUUCCAGCCGCGUGUCAUCGCCGCCGCAGCUCUCUAUGCAGCUGCGCGCCACUGCAAGGUCUCGUUCCCAGAUGAUCCCCAAGGUCGUCCAUGGUGGGAGCAAAUCGAUGUCCGCGUCGAAGACCUCAUAACCGCCUGCAAACUCAUCGUCAAGAUCUACGAGCGCGUACAGCAGAAUCUGAGCAAAAAUUACCCAGACUUCACCAUCAGCGACGCAGAUCUCAACGAUCCCACCCGCCUCUUCCACAGUAACCCUCUCUCUGCCCCAGAUAUCACUUCAUCUCUCUCUACGCCUGCAGCAGACUCCCCCGCUAUGAAUGGGCGCAAACGCUCCCGCGAGCCGGAAUCUUUUUCAGAAAACCAUUACCCGAGUCCUAUCCCCCCACCUCAGAGCCAAACAUCGAACGGCGAGCGUUCGCCAAAGCGCCAAUGCACAGUUUCACCCGCGCCUAACGUGGCAACUCCCCCGGGCCCACCUACAUCUCGUCCUCGUAUUCCGUUGCGAGCAAUGGCUUCAUUGCCCCCAAAACCCAAACUGUCGAAUAAUGAGGAUACCUCUCGCUCGGAUUCAAAUCAGAAUCUAGCUUCUAAUGCUAAGGAUGGAGCUAGCACGGAAGAGGGUGAGGUCUCAGAUGAUAGGGAUGUCAAUCAGCCAAAUACUACAGUGACACCAGGGAAAGAUGCAUCCGACGACGGGGGAGGAAGCGAAGAGGGUGAGAUCUAG